GUGGAACUUGUUUUCAUGAGCGCUCGUCUCGCCGUUUUGUUUUGUCAGCCGGUGGAGUUCAUGCGCCAUGCAGUCGGAGGUCUGACGGGGAAAAAAAGCUAGCAGCUGUGGAUCAGGCGGGAUUCGGUUAUUCAGCUCGGAGUGAACAGUAACGUGUUAGCUGACUUAUAACACAAAAGUCGGUGAAUAAUUAUGGAGGAGAAGAAGGAGGAGGGCGAGGCGGAGAUCCAGGAGCACGGACCCGAGCACUGGUUCUCCAAAUGGGAGCGGCAGUGUCUGGCUGAGGCCGAGCAGGACGAGCCGAGCGAGGAGGAGCCGGAGCAGAGCCGGCAGAAGCUGUGGCAUCUCUUCCAGAACUCAGCCACGGCGGUCGCGCAGCUUUAUAAAGAUCGAGUAUGUCAGCAACAGGGGCUUUCUCUGUGGGUCCCUUUUCAAAAUGCUGCUACUGCCGUCACCAACCUGUAUAGAGAAAGUGUAGAAGUGCACCAGCGCAGCUAUGAACUAGGCAUUCAGAUCGGCCACCAGAGGCGCAACAAAGACGUGCUCGCUUGGGUGAAGAAAAGGAGGCGGACCAUCAGGCGAGAGGACCUCAUUAGCUUCCUGUGUGGCAAAGCCCCACCCCCACGGAAUUCUCGGGCUCCGCCGAGAAUCGCCAUGGCACCAUCCUCAGAGACGAGCUCGUCCGUCGAGACGGACCUGCAGCCUUUUAGGGAGGCCAUCGCGCUGCACGGCCUGAGUGGUGCCAUGGCGAGUAUAAGUAUGCGGUCUGGAGCACCAGGAUCACCCACACACCUGAGCGCUGGCUCCAACCCCGGGCGCCGUAGGAACGGUCUCCACGACGUCGACUUGAACACCUUCAUUGCCGAGGAGAUGGCACUCCACCUGGACAACGGCACCCGCAAACGGAGCUCUGCCCAGUGCAGUGACGUCAUCACAGACUCGCCCACCCACAAACGCAAUAGGAUGAUUUGAGCUGCGUGAACACCGUCGACACACAAAAAAGGAAACGGAAAGCCACUUGUCAGUCAUCCUCCCAUCUCUACUCCGUGCGGGAAAACCUUGUGGCGUCCCGAUGCUUUCCUCCAAUCGAGCGAAAAGAAGCGAGUCGGGAGGCGGAGCUCAGUGCAAAGUGCCCUUCCAUACGAUUACGUCUACAUACACUCACACACCUUUAAUUCACUUUCUGUUUGUGUCGAAUGUCCGAGCCUGUACGAUGAAACUUGUACUGAACGUGUGUGUGUGUGUGUGUGAGGGAGUGAGUGGUGGUGUGAAUGUGAAGGUGUGAUUUUGGUCGUGUGUGUGAUGUCUCCUCCAAACAGCGCCUGUCACUGCCCCAGCUCAGCUACCACACUGCGGCUUAAAGACAAACAAGUGUUUUUUUUUUUGUUUGUUUUUUUUUAAUUAUUAUUUUAAUUUUAAAAUAUUAUGUACAAUGUUAUUUGUAUUAUUUUGUUUCUUGCCUUGUUGUUGUUUUUCUGUUUGCUGCUCCAGAAGCAGGCACAAGUGCUCCAAACGCAGUACUUACUCUGAGCAUGAACCCAAUCACUUUUAUUUGAUCUUUUCUCUUUUUUUUUCUCUCUCUUUGACUGUGAAGCUCUCUUCCUUCUCAAGAGUUCAUUCUGUAAUCUUCCACUCCUCCUCCUCCUCCUCCUCCUCUUCUUCCUCCUGUCACUUCUUCCUCUUCUUCCUCCUCUUCCUCAGCACAUCUCCGGUGUAACAUUAUGAAAUGUAAAUAACAGUAGGUGCUGACAUAGACUUGUGGUACAUAUUGUAAAAAAGAGCUGUGCAGAGACCAUUGAAUUGUUAAUGUACAAUAAUGAUUCUUGCAUUAAAGAAAUGAAGCUUUUAACUAAA